AUUAAAUGUUAUGGCGGCAAAGUGUGACUUUAAAGAUCUCUGCAGUGACCUUGUGAGGGAUAGGUUAAUAUGUGGUAUUCAGGAGACAACCUUACGAGAACGACUUUUACGAGAAAAUGAUUUGACGCUGCAAAAAGCUAUAGAAAUAUGUAGGCUAGCCGAGAUAUCCCGUGCUCAAGCCGGUCAUAUAAAGCAGGAGAAUGCGGAACAUCAUGUGCAUGAAAUCAACUCCAAACACAAAAUCGCGAUGGAACGCCAAGGUCGUCCGAGCUGUUGUAGACAAGAACAUGAGGAUACAGAAUAUACAGAUGAGGAUAAGGCGGUGCAUGCGCUCAGCGCCAGAGGGCGCGGGCGGCGCCGUGGAGCGCGGCGAGGCGGGCGCCCCGCGCCGGCGCCGGCGCACGCGGCUCCCGGGCACGACAACCAGCCAGCGCGCGGCAGGUGGCAGCGGUCGUCACAGGUCAACAGGACUGGCGGCCAUAGCUGUUCGAGAUGUGGCUCCACACAUAGAAGAUUCCAGUGUCCGGCAUUUGGUCAGCUGUGUGACAGGUGCCAUGGACGAAAUCACUACUCGAGAAUGUGUCGCGUGUAUGAAAUAAGAGGGGAAUCCACCGAUGAGGAUGGUGAGACCUCCUGAUCGGUGGACCUACCCCGUUCCCGAAUCUCGUCGAAAUUAGAUUAAGUACCUACUUACCAACUAACUUACCUUCCCAGAUUGUAAACAAUAAAAAUAUGAAUGGAUGUUAUAAAUAUAA